CAUAAUCAGUCUACUUCAUGAAGUAGAAAUCCUGAAAACAACCAUUUAGCUAUUUUUGGAAAGGAAAACAAGAAACUAAAAACGAAUGAAUUUUUUGAUUGCAUUAUAAAAAGCAUAUUAUAUAUACCUACUCAUUUAUAACCGGAUUUGUACAAAAUGUUUGGAAUCAGUAAACUGUUGAUAAUUUGGCAUGCCUUAUGGGCAUAUCUUUUAAUCCCCAAUAAGGAAGUUGCUUUGACUGAAGUCGAUACGGAUGCGAUUUAUGGUAUGCAAAGUAGAGUACGAUCACUAUUCCCGGUCAUGACAGAGCAAAGUGAUUACUUUUCCAACUACAAACUAAACCUAUAUCGUGCUGAAUGUCCUCUAUGGGACAACGAUAAUGCUAUGUGUAGUAGUCAAGGAUGCGCCGUGGACACACUGGGAGAAAACGAGGUUCCUAAUAUCUGGAAACAAUUGAGUGAAUUUGAACAACCCUCAAAGAAAAAUGAAAAGGAGUGUAAUUGGGAGCAUGAUUCUAAGUUAGAUUACUGCUAUUUAGAUGAGGUGUCGUCUGGACAGGAAUGUGUUUACGUUUCGCUUGUCGGAAAUCCUGAAAGGUUUACAGGCUAUUCAGGGGAUCAUACAGCUACUAUCUGGCGCACUAUUUAUGAACAAAAUUGCUUCGUAAUAGAUGAUGAUGAAAGCUCACAGGAGAAGUCAAAAAGAGAUUCCUUCUAUAAGCCAGGCAUGUAUCCAUUUCAACUCACUCCUAAAGAGGAUGAUAUCAUAUCAGUUUCACCAUCCAUUGCUUGUCAGGAGAAGCGUAUGCUAAACAAGAUUAUUUCUGGUUUUCACGCUAGUAUCUCUUCUCAUAUUUGUGAAAACUAUUAUGACGCCGAACGUAAUCGCUGGACCCGGAACUUGGAAUGUUGGUUAGCCAAAGUUGGAAACUAUCCAGAGCGUAUUGAAAAUAUUUUCUUUAACUAUGCUCUUUUGCAUCAAGCAUUUGUAAAAAUUGCCGAUCAGUUGGAAGAUAUGGAAUACAAUAACAACACAUUCUGUCCAGAUAAUUUAGCAAUUGAUGCGCGAACCAAGUUAGCUUUUGAUAAUCUGGCUUUUCAAUCCCAGCAGGAUAGGAAGGUAAUAAUGAGCUCCAAGUUAUUUUCCGACGAAGAAUCUCAAAGAUUUAAAGAAACUUUCCGCAGACAUUUUCACGACAUUUCUCGCAUUAUGGAUUGCGUUGGUUGCGAUAAAUGCAGACUUUGGGGAAAAUUGCAAAUGACCGGAUAUGGAACUGCUUUGAAGCUUCUUUUAGAGUCUGAGACUCACCUUAGUGACCUACGCCCAUCAGAAAUCGUUGCUUUGGUCAAUACCUUUGAUCGAAUCGCUCACUCUGUGCAGUCGUCUUUCUGGUUUCAAUUAAGAAGAAGAGCUGACCUUUCUGUUAAGUUUCUGCAAUAUGUUAUUGCUCUUUCUUUUAAAGCACCUAUGCGUGAAAUCCUUUCCUUCUUCACUGAACAGUUGUGGUACAUCUUUUAUGCCAUCCUUUAUAUAUGCAAUGUUCCAAGAUUAAUCUAAUUUUUUGCUUUCAUUUAUUAAAAUCCUCUACUUCCCUUCUAAAAAGCUUUGAAUUUUGAAAUUUUUUGGUAUAAAUAAAUCCUUGGGGUGGUAUUGAAGUUAACUUCAACCAACUACUACGAAUGAUAAUAACAAGUAGAAAAAGUACUUUUUUCUUGAAGGUAUGUCAACUUAAAAGAUCGUUUCAUGGAUGGAAAUAAGACCAAAUAUGAUGACUAAAAUUGGUCCGUGUUACUGAACGGGAUUAAGACCCCGGAUACGAAGAUAAACCCAAUUAUAUAUUGCUGAUUUUGUUUUUCAUUCUUUGAAAAGAAUCUUCUUUUAACUUUAGCUCUUUUACUAACGUUUUUAGAAUGCUGGAAUAAGUAUGGAUAGUUUCACCAUGAAUUGGUAGUUAGUAUUUAGUUUCAU